AUGGCGAAAGUGCAUAAAGUGAUUACACCAUUAAUACCGGUCCUCUCCCCACCUGGUAGCUCUUACUAUAACUUGAAGAAGAUUCCUGCAAAAUUUUUCGAAAAAAUUGAGGGCGCAAACAUCGAAACCAACUCACUAGAUGCGAGAGAAAUCUUCGAGAACACUAAUCUUGAGCCCAAUGAAAAUUUGAUAUCUCUAGAUGUGAAGAGUUUGUACACAAAUGUUCCACUGAAAAAUAUUCCAAUAGAUAUAGCUUUGAGAAAACUGUAUGAGCAAGAUGAACAACCAUCAAUUGCUAGGAAAACCAUGAAGAGAUUGUUGAACAUGGCAGUUAGUCAAAUCCAUUUCAAGUGCAAUGAAACAUGGUACGUUGAGAAAGAUGGUUUGACAAUGGACGCAUCUCUUGCUGUUAUUUUAGCAAAUCUUUGGCUGAAGCAGUACGAAACUGCACUAUCGAGGGAUAUUCCCGAAAUACUUUUGCCCGAGAAAGAUCCUAACGGAUUAUGUCCGAGUGCAAUAAAAAAGUCACGUACAGGUCAAAGGUGUAAAAUGUGA